UUGGGUAUCCCUUGCAACGGUAGGUAUAAAUUGCGGAGCGUGACCAUUGUAGUCAGCCUCAACGAUACAUGUCGAAGAUACAAAUAGUCGUCGUCGCCGCUCAAGCUUCAAUGUAACUUAUGAAACGAGCCACCCUACGACUUCUUCCGCUGUUAUUUGGCAUCGGGCUCGCAGUCCCUGACGUUACUGUCAUACCUCGCGACGCAGAAUCCUGCUCUGCCUACCCUAAGGGACCAAGCAACAAUCUCUUCUACAUCAAGACCGACUCAACCGAUAAAGGCAUCGCCGACAACCUCUUCGCAUACGACAAGACCAUUCCCUACUUCACAAGCCCCGGUGUGUCUCACAACGUCUCCACCCUCGUCAUCGAGGCCAGCCGACAGAUCGAUCUUGCAAAGCAAGUAUACCAAUGCCAGCGCAAUGCCCAACUUGCCGUGUACCCGCGCAACGUAGACAUCAACGUCUCACACGACGCUGGCAAUGCCUUCUUGUGGGAGGACCAGGGCUACAAGCCGCAGCUGUAUGCACAUGAGAUCGAUGGCGUCAGACAACCAGAUACCUAUCUUGGGGCCCUGGGCCUCACGACAUGGGCCUUCUACUUCCGCCCGGCUCCUGGUGACGGGACUUCUCCGGAGGGGUAUUACGGUGCAAAAUUGUCAGGGGUUCCCGCAGACCCAGACUUUCCGCCGCACGCUGGGUACAGGCCUGAGUUCUAUGGGUUCUUGAAGGUCGUGAGCGCCUAAUUGCACUGGAGCAAACUCAUCGGGGUAAGGUUGUCAUUGCUAGAAAUCUAUAUGUAAAUGGAGGACAGCAGUGUCGAUGACCCUGUAGCCUUACA